UUGUUGAGAAAAGCUUCGGUUAAAGGUUUACAAAUGGGAAAUCGAGGACAGAAACGAACGGAAACAGGCAAAGAAUUACCGGCAGAUAAGCGAGCUUGUUGUAGCUCAAUCCAAACUCAGCACAAUUCGCCAAAUUCCACUCCCCGUGCUGACGUGGACACUUCCUCCUCCGCCUCAGCUUCCAGCCGAUCAGACGGCGAACACGAGAAGGAAGAAGAUUCAGCUUACGGAUCUUGCGAUUCCGACGACAUGGAGCAACAACCACACCGCAUUUUAAGAGACUAUCAGAGAAGAAGAUCAUCGAGUGAUCAUGGAAAAUUGAAAAAUAUUUUGUCAAAUUUGAACGAAGAAGGAAAUGGAGGUUCUGGUCAAUUGGCUGCGUUGACAGAACUUUGUGAAGUGUUGUCGUUUUGUAAUGAGGAUUCGCUUUCCAGUUUGAUGGCGGAUUCUUUAUCACCAAUACUUGUAAAGCUUGCGAAGAACAAUGAUAAUGCUAAUAUAAUAUUGUUGGCAAUAAGGGGUAUAACUUACUUAUGUGAUGUCUUUCCUAGAUCAUCUGGUUUCCUUGUUAGGCAUGAAGCUGUUCCUGCUCUUUGUCAAAGAUUAUUGGCCGUUGAAUAUGUGGAUGUAGCUGAGCAGUGUUUGCAAGCGUUGGAGAAAAUAUCUCGUGAUCAACCACUUGCUUGUUUAAAGGCUGGUGCAAUUAUGGCUGUUCUAAAUUUUAUUGAUUUUUUCUCAAUUAGUGUGCAGAGAGUUGCACUUUCUACUGUGGUGAACAUUUGUAAGAAACUUCCUUCGGAGGGUCCUGCACCUUUCGUAGAAGCCAUUCCCAAAUUAUGUGAUUUACUUCAUCAUGAGGACCAACAGCUUGUUGAAAGUGUGGCAACUUGCUUGAUCAAAAUAUCUGAGCGAAUGUUUGAGUCUUCUGAGAUGCUGGAGGAACUUUGUAAGCAUGAGCUUAUUAAUCAAGUCACACACCUUAUGAACUUGAAUAGCCGAACUACUAUAUCCCAGCCAAUCUACAAUGGCUUGAUAGGAUUACUUGUCAAACUUUCUUCUGGUUCAUUCGUAGCUUUUAGGAGACUGUAUGAGCUAAAUAUAAGCAGCCCUCUGAAGGAUGUGUUAUCUACUUAUGACCUCUCACAUGGAAUGUCUUCUUCACACUUGGUUGAUGGCAAUUGCAAUCAGGUGCAUGAAGUUCUGAAAUUGCUCAAUGAGCUGCUUCCCACCUUGGCUGGAGGUCAUGGUAAUCAGGUAGUGUUGGAUAAAGAAUCAUUUUUAGCUGAUCAUCCUGAUCUUCUGCAAAAAUUUGGAAUGGAUAUACUUCCCACAUUGGUUCAGGUUGUUAAUUCUGGUGCAAGCAUAUAUGUUUGCUAUGGCUGUCUAUCUGUUAUCAGCAAGUUACUUUUUCUCAGCAAAUCUGACAUGCUUGUUGAAUUGCUUAAGACUGCCAACAUUCCAAGUUUCCUGGCUGGCGUGUUUACUCGAAAGGAUCACCAUUUGCUGAUGUUAGCUCUACAGAUUGCUGAGAUGAUCCUACAAAAGCUUUCUGAUGUUUUUUUGAACUCAUUCAUAAAGGAGGGUGUCUUUUUUGCCAUAGAUGCACUGCUAAUGACAGAAAAAUGCUCACAAGUGAUACUUCCUGUUUUCAGCGGUGUCCGACCAUCAUUUGAUUCAAGCCAAAAAUCUUCAGCAAUGGAGGUCCAGCGAUGCUUAUGUUAUGCAUUUGAUACAGUGCCAUGUUCCUCGGUUCUACCUUGCAAGCUUGACAAGGAUACUGUUCACAAUCUUGCAAAACAUAUUAAAACCAAUUACUUUGCUCCAGAAUUAUUUGACUCUGAUAAUGGAAUGACUGAUAUUCUUCAAAACCUCAAAACCUUCUCUGCUGCCUUGAGUAAUUUGAUAAUCAUGCCUCUUACUGAUGAAACUCCUGCUCAACAUGAGGAGAAGUUCAACAGUAUUUUGCAUCAAAUUAUGCUGAAGCUUAAUGGUGGAGAGUCUGUUUCCACUUUUGAAUUUAUUGAAAGUGGAAUCGUGAAAUCGCUUAUGCAUUUCCUAUCUAAUGGUCUGUACUUGAGGGAUAAUGUGGAAUUUACUGGCAUUUAUGAUCAUUUGCUUGUUCUGCGAAAAAGAUUUGAGGUGUUUGCAAAGCUGUUUUUGUCUUAUUCAGAUGUCCCUGUUGAGGACUUGCCUCUGUCAGUACUAAUACAAAAAUUGCAAAGUGCAUUGUCAUCUUUGGAAAAUUUCCCUGUUAUUCUUAGCCACGGAUUCAAGCAGAAAAAUUCAUUUGCUACCGUCCCAAAUGGACGUUGUGUUAUGUAUCCAUGUUUUAGGGUUCACUUUGUGAUGGGAGAGGGGGAGACCUGCCUAUCUGAUUUCCCUGAAGAUGUUUUGACUGUUGAUCCUUUUUCUUCAUCCGAUGCCAUUGAAGGAUAUCUUUGGCCCAAAAUUUUCGCUAAAAGAACAGAAAAUGGGGAAUCAGAUGCUGAAGCAUUGGAACAGAUGGAAAGUCAACCUAUUCUUUUAACAUCGAAUGCAAACUCCAGUCAAGGUGAGAGUUCAGGGUUUGUAGACCGCAUGUCCACUGAUUUGCCAGAGAUGCAGGAAGAUGAGGCUAACUUGUCACAGUUUGCCUCUGAACAAUUGCAUUUCAAAGAAUCAAAUUCUGGUGAAAUUAUGUCUUUGGAUGAAACAGAUAUGGGCUGUGCUGUGCAGGAACAACAGUGUCAUUCAGAUGCAACUGCAAAAAUGAAAACUCAGUGUCCUGCAUCUAGUGACAAUGACAUUGAAGAUUCCUCAUCUAGACUAUUGCUUUAUCUAGAAGGACAUGAACUCGACCGAACUUUGACACUAUAUCAAGUGAUUCUUCAACAGCUACUAAAUUCAGAGAAUGAAUUUAUUACAUGGGCAAACUUAUGGAGUCGAGUAUACACAAUAACUUACAAAAUAGCUGUGGAAUCUAAGCAGGUUGACCCUCAAGAAAAUAAAUAUCUGGAACUGAAGUCCUCAUCAAAUAAAAUUAUUGCUUAUCGGCAGAAUAUGGCAUUUUUCUCCAGCAUGUUUGCAUGCAAACUUGCUACUGGUUUGGAUAAGUCAAGUCCUAUUUACGAUAUACUGUUUCUGCUAAAAAGUUUGGCAGGCAUCAACAAAUGUUCAUUUCAUCUAAUGUCUUGUGAGAGAAUACGUGCUUUUGCUGAAGGAAGGAUUGAUAUUGAUAAUUUGAAGGCUAUGGUUCAUUCGGUACCUCAAAAUGAGUUUGUGAGCAGUAGGUUAACUGAAAAGCUAGAACAGCAGAUGCGGGAUACUUUUACUUUGUCAACUGGUGGUAUGCCUUCUUGGUGUAAUGAGUUAAUUGCUUCAUGUCCCUUUUUGUUUAGCUUUGAGGCAAGAUGUAAGUACUUUCGAUUGGCGGCUUUUGGUCCACGAAGAGUUCAACAUCAUGCCUUAUCACGUAGUAAUUCAGGUGCUUCAAAUGACAGACAACCUACCGCAGGUGGUCUGCCGCGAAAGAAAUUUUUAGUUUGGCGGGAUCAAAUUCUGGAUUGUGCAACCAGAAUGAUGGACCAACAUGCUAGUCACAAAGGACUUCUUGAGGUGGAAUAUAAUGAAGAAGUUGGCACUGGUCUUGGUCCAACUUUGGAAUUCUAUACUCUUGUUAGUCUUGAAUUUCAGAAAUCUGGCCUUGGCAUGUGGAGAGAGGAUCAUACGUCGUCUAUCACUUCAAACACCUUGCUUGCUGCAGAUUCUGGAAUUCUGAGAAAUGAUUUCGGGCUUUUCCCUUGUCCAUGGUCACGGACAUCAGAUUCAUAUAAUGGGAUACAGUUCUCUGAAGUAUUAAAAAAGUUCGUUCUUUUGGGUCAAAUUGUUGCAAAGGCUAUUCAAGAUGGCAGAGUCUUGGAUGUUCCUUUCUCCAAAGCCUUCUAUAAAUUAAUUUUGGGGCAGGAUCUUAAUUUGUAUGACAUCCAAUCAUUUGACCCUGAGCUUGGUAGGACACUGCUGGAGUUUCAUGCUAUUGUAAAUCGGAAAAAUCACCUGGAAUUUGUUUGUGGUGAAAACUCAACAUUAAAACUGGAUUUGUGCUUCCAGAAUACCAGGAUUGAGGACCUCUGUUUGGACUUUACCCUUCCAGGUUAUCCAGGUUAUGUUCUUUCUUCCGAGUAUAAUCACAAAAUGGUAAAUUUGACUAACUUGGAGGAUUAUAUUGAGCUUGUUGUGGAUGCUACCAUACAUACUGGAAUUGCAAGACAAGUUGAAGCUUUUAAGUCUGGAUUUAACCAGGUUUUUGCAAUUAAGCAUCUCCAUAUUUUUACUGAGGAGGAACUAGAGCGUUUACUCUGUGGAGAAUGUGAUUUCUGGGCUUUCAAUGAACUUCUGGAACAUAUCAAGUUUGAUCACGGAUAUACAGCUAGCAGUCCACCCAUCAUUAAUCUACUGGAAAUUAUACAAGAGUUUGAAUAUGCACAACGACGAGCAUUUCUGCAGUUUGUGACUGGCGCACCCCGGCUGCCUCCAGGAGGUUUGGCAUCUCUAAAUCCAAAGUUGACAAUUGUUCGCAAGCAUAGUAGCAAUUGUGCUGAUGCAGAACUGCCUAGCGUUAUGACUUGUGCCAAUUACCUGAAGUUGCCGCCUUAUUCUUCAAAAGAGAGGAUGAAAGAGAAGCUCUUGUACGCCAUAAGGGAAGGGCAAGGUUCAUUCCACCUUUCUUAGCUUUUUAAAGGUACAUAAUCUGUGAAUUUGUAAUUAUUAGGUAGGUGCUUGGUGUACAUGAAAAUGGCUGGUGAGUAGUAAUGGGUAGUGGAUAUUUGAUGGUUUAAAGAAGAGCUGAUUGUCACUGGCACAAGAGGAAGCUCUAGGAGGAUAGCUGACAAAUAUUUGGUGUGGAUUUGUAAAUAAGAGUUGAACCCAAAAUAGUUGUUUUCGUUCAAGUUGGGAGCUGUACAGGGAGAGAUGGACGUUUACAGAGGCUUGGGGCUUCAGAUAGGUUGGCUUUUUGUUGCUUUAUUAAUGCACAAAAAUUUGUACAUAGACUUUCUUUUUUUAACCAUAGAACUAGGUUUAUUCAGUCAAUGAAAACUGUUUCCCUUCAA